AUGACCCUGCCCCAUUCUCCCGCUUUCCAUCACCCCUCCCCAUUCUCCCUCUUUCCAUCACCCCGCCCCAUUCUCCCUCUUUCCAUCACCCCGCCCCGUUCUCCCUCUUUCCAUCACCCCGCCCCAUUCUCCCUCUUUCCAUCACCCCGCCCCAUCCUCCCGCUUUCCAUCACCCCGCCCCAUUCUCCCUCCUUCCAUCACCCCGCCCCAUUCUCCCACUUUCCAUCACCCCGCCCCAUUCUCCCGCUUUCCACCACCCCGCCCCAUUCUCCCGCUUUCCAUCACCCCGCCCCCUUCUCCCGCUUUCCACCUCCCCGCCCCAUUCUCCCGCUUUCCAUCACCCGCCCCAUUCUCCCGCUUUCCACCACCCCGCCCCAUUCUCCCGCUUUCCAUCACCCCGCCCCAUUCUCCCGCUUUCCAUCACCCCGCCUCAUUCUCCCUCUUUCCAUCACCCCGCCCCAUUCUCCCGCUUUCCAUCACCCCGCCCCAUUCUCCCGCUCUCCAUCACCCCACCCCAUUCUCCCGCUUUCCAUCACCCCGCCCCAUUCUCCCACUUUCCAUCACCCCGCCCCAUUCUCCCGCUUUCCAUCACCCCGCCCCAUUCUCCCGCUUUCCAUCACCCCGCCCCAUUCUCCCACUUUCCAUCACCCCGCCUCAUUCUCCCUCUUUCCAUCACCCCACCCCAUUCUCCCGCUUUCCAUCACCCGGCCCCAUUCCCACCCUUUCCAUCACCCCGCCCCAUUCACUCGCCUUCCAUCUCCCCGCCCCAUUCUCCCGCUUUCCAUCACCCCGCCCCAUUCUCCCUCUUUCCAUCACCCCGCCCCAUUCUCUCGCUUUCCAUCACCCCGCCCCAUUCUCCCGUUUUCCAUCACCCCGCCCCAUUCUCCCGCUUUCUAUCACCCUGACCAUUCUCCCGCUUUCCAUCACCCCGCCCCAUUCUCCCGCAUUCCAUCACCCCGCCCCAUUCUCCCGCUUUCCAUCACCAUUCUCCCGCUUUCCAUCACCCCGCCCCAUUCUCCCUCUUUCCAUCACCCCGCCCCAUUCUCCCGCUUUCCAUCACCCCGCCCGAAUCUCCCGCUUUCUAUGACCCUGCCCCAUUCUCCCGCUUUCCAUCACCCCGCCCAAUUCUCCCGCUUUCCAUCACCCCACCCCAUUCUCCCGCUUUCCAUCACCCCGCCCCAUUCUCCCUCUUUCCAUCACCCCGCCCCAUUCUCCCGCUUUCCAUCACCCCGCCCCAUUCUCCCGCUUUCCAUGACCCCGCCCCAUUCUCCCGCUUUCCAUGACCCCGCCCCAUUCUCCCUCUUUCCAUCACCCCGCCCCCUUCUCCCGCUUUCCAUCACCCCGCCCCAUUUUCCCGCUUUCCAUCACCCCGCCCCAUUCUCCCGCUUUCCAUCACUCCGCCCCAUUCUCCCGCUUUCCAUCACCCCGCUCCAUUCUCCCGCUUUCCAUCACCCCGCCCCAUUCUCCCGCUUUCCAUCACCCCGACCUACUCUCCCUCUUUCCAUCACCCCGCCCCAUUCUCCCUCUUUCCAUCACCCCGCCCCCUUCUCCCGCUUUCCACCAAGAAAGCACGUGUUUCCCUCUUGA